AUGAAUUGUGAUAUAGAAUCUCAAUUUUGUUUGACGGUAUCAAUUCCUAAUGUUUACUUUGAGCCAGGAAAAAUUUAUGCGUCAUUUCGUAUGGAAGCACCGUCAACGGUUGGUUGGAUGGCAUUUGGAAUUGGAAAGAAUAUGGUUGGAAGUUAUAUGGUGAUUAUAAGAAUUUAA